GACAAUCACAGCCAGCGCUUUACAAGAAGCCCACUGGCUUCACACUGCAAAACACGGACAGCGCUGAAAGGUGCGGAACUUGUCCACGACGCACACGCACACACACACACAUACACACAUACAUACACACACCGCGGAGAGGUCAGGAGCCAUGCGCGCGAGCGCGAGCCGCGUCCCCCCUCUGUUUCCACUCGUGUCCUGCGUGGCCUGCUUCCUCGUGCUGUGUGCGGGAGCGCGCGGCGAGCCGGUGCGGCCCAUUCCCGAAGACAAACUCCUCGUUCUGACUGUUGCCACGACGGAAACGGAUGGCUUCAAGCGCUUUAUCAGAUCGGCCCGACACUUCAAUUACACUAUUAAGGUGCUGGGCAGGGGGGAGAAAUGGAGAGGGGGCGACUAUAUGUCGAUGCCUGGAGGAGGCCAGAAGGUGCGCCUCCUGAAAUCCACGCUCGAGGAGAUAACUGAGGAGGACAAGGUUGUCCUCUUCAUCGACAGCUACGACGUGGUGUUUGCGUCAGGUCCCAAGGAGCUGCUCAAGAAGUUUCAGCAGGUCGGUCACAAGGUGGUCUUCUCCGCCGAGAACCUCAUCUGGCCCGACCGGCACCUGGAGGACAAACAUCCGCACGUCAGGGAGGGGAAACGGUUCCUGGGAUCCGGAGGAUUCAUUGGAUACGCACCUAACCUCAAAACGAUGGUUGCAGACUGGACAGGAAAAGACAAUGAGAGCGAUCAACUUUUUUACACCAAGAUAUAUAUCACCCCGGAAAAAAGGAAAUCUAUAAAUAUCACCCUGGACAGCAAAUGCAGACUCUUUCAGAAUCUCUAUGGAGCACUAGAUGAGGUGGUUCUGAAGUUUGAGGACGGACGCGUCCGGGCCAGAAACGUGAUGUACGACACCCUCCCUGUCAUCGUCCACGGCAACGGACCCACCAAGCUCCAGAUCAACUACCUGGGGAACUACAUUCCCCAGACGUGGACCUUCGAGACGGGCUGCACCGUGUGCGACGAGGACCAGCGCUUGCUCUCCGGCCUCAAGGAGAGCGAAUACCCCCUGGUGGUGAUCGGGAUCUUCAUACAGCAGCCCACACCCUUUGUCUCCGUCUUCUUCGAGCGUCUCUUCAACCUUAAGUACCCCAAGGACCGGCUGAAGCUUUUCAUUUACAAUCACGAGCCGCACCAUGAGCAGCACGUGCACUCGUUCCUAGAGGAUCAUGGGACGGAGUACAGGGGCGUGAAGGUGAUUGGUCCAGAGGAGGACAUGGACAGUGUCACAUCACGCAAUUUAGGAUUUGAUACUUGCCGGCAAGACAUAGACUGCGAGUACUUCUUCAGCCUGGACGCGGAAGUGGUUCUGAAGAACACGGACACCCUCCGAAUUCUCAUCGAGCAGAACCGGCCCAUAAUCGCACCCAUGAUCACCCGUCCCGGCAAGUUGUGGACCAACUUCUGGGGAGCGCUCAGCGCAGAUGGGUACUACGCCAGGUCCGAGGACUACGUGGACAUCGUCCAGGGCCGCAGAGUCGGGGUCUGGAACGUGCCCUACAUCUCCAGUGUUUACCUGGUCAAGGCCACCGUCUUGAGGACGGACCUCGCAGCCGAGGACGUUUUCCACUCCGAAGCGCUUGAUCCGGACAUGGCCUUCUGCCGCAAUGUGCGCGACCAGGGGGUUUUCAUGUUUGUCACCAACAGACAGGAGUUCGGCCGCAUGCUCUCCACGGAGAACUACAAAACAAACCACCUGCACAACGACUUGUGGCAGCUCUUUGAAAACCCACUGGAUUGGGAGGAGCGGUACAUCCACGAGAAUUACAGCCGAAUCAUGACAGAGGACAUCGUGGAAACUCCAUGCCCUGAUGUUUACUGGUUCCCAAUCUUUACUGACAUUGCCUGCAAGCACCUCAUAGAAGAGAUGGAGAAUUACGGCCAGUGGUCCGGCGGCUUCAACGUGGACAAUAGGAUCCAGGGCGGCUACGAGAACGUCCCCACGAUCGACAUCCACAUGAACCAGAUCGACUUUGACAAAGAUUGGCAGAAGUUCCUGCUGGACUACGUGGCUCCGAUCACAGAGAAGAUGUUCCCAGGGUACUACACACAGGCCCUGUUUGACCUGGCCUUUGUUGUUCGAUACAAACCAGACGAGCAGCCCUCUUUAAGGCCUCACCAUGACGCGUCGACGUUCACUAUAAAUAUCGCUCUCAACCAAGUGGGGACUGAUUUCCAGGGUGGCGGCUGCAGGUUCCUACGCUACGACUGCUCCAUUACAGCCCCGCGCAAAGGUUGGGCACUCCUGCACCCGGGGCGCCUCACCCACUACCACGAGGGCUUGCCCACCACCGAGGGCGUCCGCUACAUCGCCGUGUCCUUCGUGGACCCCUGAAGGAGCACGAACGCUCCCUCCCGCUCCCCUUUGACUCCGACUCCACUGCCUCCGAGGAGAACACAGGGAAACGAAGCCAAAUUUGGCCUUUGCCUUAACUACUCAUCCAAAGACAUGAAGAGGGGAGAAAGGCUCACAUUCUGUUCUGUGGAAUAGGAUUAAUACGAUGUUCCCUUAAACGUAUUCCUUGAAUUACGUAGUUUUUUUUUAUUUUUUUUUUUUUUUUUUUUUAAAUGAUACUGUUGCAUUGGGGCAUUUUUUGCUCUUGUGUUUCUGGGGAAAGUGAGUAGCCCACUUGUUGGUAAAAUAUGUACUGGAUAUUGGUUCUUCUCAUUAUAUAUUUAUUUUAGUAUUGUGUAGUUUUAAAUAAAUUUUUUUCAGAUUUUUCUUUUCUUUAUACACAAACAUGUUAUUUCUAAAUUGGCAGCAAACCGUACAACAAAUUUGCACUCCAGGUACGUUUCUUUUUAGCGGCGAACCCCUCUUAUUAUUUUUGAUUUGCUAAUGUGUUUUAAACCUAUGCAAACUAAUGAUUUAUCUUACAUGGUGAGAGGCUAGAUGUUGCUGUGGAUAAAUGAACAUGUUUCGCUGUUUUAAGAUGAUAAUCAAGAAAGUGGGUAUAGAAAAAGUCUUUUAUUUUAAUUUCCGGUCAAAUGUCAAUAAAAUACA